CCUCGUCAUUUCAAAAUGGCGGCUGCCAGGAGGCUGAAGCGCGUGGCGGCUUCACAGCCUGGGUUUUUAAGUUUAAAACCCUCCUCAGACUUGGCCAGCAGUCGGAGGAAACGUGUAAACAAGAAUAAAAAGAAGAACUGGAACAAAUUCAGCGAUAUCGCAGAUGUAGAGGAGUUUUUAGAGGACGUCAGGCAUCAGGAGAGGACCACAGGGGGUCUGCUGUCAGAGAAACCAGACGAGAGUUUGUUCUUUGUGGAUCUUGGACAGCCAGAAAAACCUGAGCAGAAAGAAGAAGAACCCGAUGACGAGGGGAAGAAGAAAAAAGGGAAAUCGUCACGUCCUCUGAGGAUAGACCUGAUCCUUCAGCACGACUCUCACAUUCCACCUCCUAAAGAUGUACUGGCAGGCCAGCAACGUAAUGCCAAGAAACUGCGUCGCAUCGCUCAGAAGGCCGAGCAGCUGGCAGCGAGAGGUGUGGUUCCACGGAGACAGAGACUGCUGCUGAACAGACGGCCCGUCGACAGGAGCGUGAAAAAGACCGUAGCAGAGGCCAACAACAACCCAGACAGAGAUUAUUACAACUUAUGGGGACAAGAGUCCAAAGACACAGCUGAUCCCUGGUAUCUUCAGCAGACGGGCAAGAAGCGCGUGAAGCGUCCAGAGAAGCUGAACGAGAAGCCGUCCGUUCUCCCUGCUGUGGAGGUGAUCGCCUCCGGUGGAUCCUACAACCCCGACUUCAUCUCCCACCAGGCGCUGCUUCAGGAAGCUCACGACGUGGAGGUGAAGAGAAAGAAACAAGAAGACCGGAUAGAGAAACAGCUGGCUGUCAAGAAGGAAGACAUAGCUACAGAGGAAACAACUCUCCGUGAAGCAGUGGAGGGUUUAAUAGAGGAGGAGGAAGAGGAGGAGGAAGCAGCUCCUGACAACAAGGAGGACGAUGAAGAGACUGUGGCUGCCAUCACAGUGGCUGAGAAGAAGACUGAGAAACAGAGAAAGAAAGAAAAAAUAGAAAAAAUUAAGGAGCAGCAGCGACUGUCCAGCAGACAACAGAACUCGCAGCAGCAGCAGCUCUUCCAGCUUCGCUCCAUCAAAGCCUCCAUCAAACAGCAGGAGCAGAAGACCAAGAGGAAACAGACGGAACGCAAGAUCAAGCAGGAGGCCCAGAAAUCUCAACCCCGACGCCUCGGGAAACUCAAAUUCCAGAAUCCAGACCUGGAGGUGAAGUUAAGUGAUGAGUUAUCUGGCUCCCUGCGAGAACUCAAGCCAGAGGGCAGCAUCCUCAAAGAUCGCUUCAAGAGUCUGCAGAAAAGAAACCUCAUCGAACCCAGAGAAAGAGCCAAGUUCAAGAGGAGACUGAAGGUGAAAUAUGUGGAGAAGAGAGCGUUUAGAGAGAUCACAUAAUCGCCUGCAACAACGUUAAAUAAAAUCUAUAACAAACCGCAGAA